UCAUCUAACACCUAUCUCUCAUAUAAUGCAUCUUUUAUUUCCCUUUAAAGUGUUAUAUAACACUGCCCUAAACUAUGACAUUGCCCAAGCGCAAGAAAUGGCAAGAAAUGCAGUGGCCUCCCUUAACCCAGUAAAUUUUCAGCGGAUUGACAGCAGCGGGAAGGAGGAGUAAGGGCUAGACAUGUCACAGCCCCUUUAUAGUAAAGGCAUAGGACGACAGCCUGGUGCUACUACUUAAACACACAUAAACUGUGUGUACAAGCUGCAAAAAAGAUGGCAGUUUUACUUGGUAGUUACAUCAUACCUUUACUUGGAAUAAGCAUCUUCAUUGUUACUCUGACCCACAUCAUCUACAAACUGCUCAGCAGUUACCUGCACAAAUGGUUUGAGAUGAAGCCUAUACCCGAGGUGGAGGGUACAUACCCUUUCAUUGGAAAUGCACUGCUGUUCAAAACAAAUGCAGGAGAUUUUUUCCGUCAAAUCGAGGAUUAUACCCGAAAGUUCUGUAAAGCACCACUGUUUAAGCUCUGGGUUGGACCAGUGCCAUUCGUGGUUCUGUAUCAUGCUAAAACUGUUGAGGCAGUUCUGACUAGCUCCGUUCACAUGGACAAGGCUUCCUUAUAUAAAUUCCUCCACCCUUGGCUUGGAACUGGCCUUCUUACCAGCACUGGGCACAAGUGGCGUCAGCGGCGGAAGAUGUUGACUCCCACCUUCCACUUCUCCAUCCUGACAGACUUCUUGGAAGUGAUGAACGAGCAGGCAGAGAUCCUGGUGGAGAAGCUGGAGAAGCAGGCAGGGAAGGGUCCCUUCAACUGCUUCAGUCACAUCACCCUCUGUGCUCUGGACAUUAUCUGUGAAACUGCAAUGGGAAAGAAAAUUUAUGCCCAGAGUAACUCUGACUCGGAAUAUGUCAAAAAUGUGUACAAAAUGAGUGACAUUAUUAGCCGCAGACAGAGGACACCAUGGUUUUGGCCUGACUUUUUGUACAAGUACUUUGGUGAUGGUCAGGAGCAUGACAAGACGCUCAAGAUCCUACACUCCUUUACAUACAAUGUGAUACGUGAAAGAGCAGAGAAGAUUUCCAAUACUGCAUCAGACAGCGACUCUGACCGGGGCACAAGGAAAAGACAGGCAUUUUUGGACAUGCUCUUGAAGACGACAGAUGAGGAUGGCAACAGUAUGAGCCAUCAGGACAUUCAGGAGGAAGUGGACACCUUUAUGUUUAGGGGUCAUGAUACUACAGCUGCGGCUAUGAACUGGGCCCUACAUCUGCUGGGCUCCCACCCUGAGGCGCACAGCAAAGUUCAACAAGAGCUCCAGGAGGUGUUCGGCACAUCUGACCGGCCUAUUAACACAGAGGACCUGAAGAGGCUCAAAUACCUGGACUGUGUGAUCAAGGAGGCCCUGCGCCUGUUUCCCUCUGUGCCUUUCUUUGCCCGCAGCCUCUGUGCAGACUGCCAUAUCAAUGGUUUCAAGGUUCCCAAAGGUGCCAAUGCAAUCAUCAUCACGUAUGCGCUUCACCGUGACCCGCAAUACUUCCCUGAACCUGAGGAGUUCAGGCCAGAACGUUUUCUACCUGAGAAUUCAGUAGGAAGGUCUCCAUACGCAUACAUCCCCUUCUCUGCUGGACUCCGCAACUGUAUAGGUCAGCGUUUUGCACUAAUGGAGGAAAAGGUGAUUUUGGCGUCCAUUCUGCGUAACUUCAGUGUUGAAGCUUGUCAGAAGCGAGAGGAGCUGCGACCGGUAGGAGAUCUCAUUCUCCGACCAGAGAACGGCAUCUGGGUCAAACUGGAGAAAAAGACGCCUCAGACUUCAUUGAACUAGCACCUGCUCCAUUUCAUAUAUGCAUUUUCUCUAAAAUUAAGUUCCUUUAUGGUCUUUAUUUACAAUUCUUCCUCCAACACUUUAAUGUAUUUUCUAAAUACCCUUUGAGAGGUCAGGUAGAGUAGAAACCUUGAUUUUUUUUAUCAUAGUCCCCAAAAAACUAAGCCUUACAAAAAUAUAUAGAGAUCUUUUUUCUUACAUUGUUAAUUUUAGGGAGAUACCUACAUGUUGCCUAUUCUGCCUCCGUGGAUCAACAACUCAGCACUAUUUCUGUGCCCCAAGAAUGUUUUAACAAAGAGAGUAACUGUACAAAUAUGUUUUUUGUACAGUUAUAAUUUAAACACCAAACGAUGAUAGUAUUUGUGAAUUCAAUGAAAAACUGUAUAAAACAUAGAAUUUGCAGAGUAAGAAUGAAUCACUUUUAGAAAAUUAAGUGGUCAUUUUGAAGCACAUUAUUGAUUAUCAACUGGAUGAAAAUGAGAUAAAUGGUCCUACUGCAUUGGAAUCAGUCACUGCCAUCCAUUUUCUAGGUCACAUUGUUUGUGAUAAAAAGAAAAUAUACUGUACAUUAAACCAUUUGUUUGCAAUCUACAAAUACUUCAAAUAUAAAUAUUAUAACUAUGUAUGACUUUUUUUGGUUCCAUUUCUGUUUUUCAAAUCUGUUUUUAUCAGUAUCCGUAAAUGUAGAGGGACCAUAUCAUAUAGAAUGAAUUAUUUGUUAAUGGAUUUAAACAAAAAUGCUUUAAAUGCUUAACAUUUUAUUUUUCCAUUAUGUUUGUAGAGUGAGUUUGUGAUGUACACUAUCUGUGAGAUGUCAAUUUUAUUCAUAUAGCGCCAAAUCAUAACAGAAGUUAUCUCAGGCAAAUUUUCAUAUACAGCAUUUCUAGACUGUGAUCUCUAUAUUACUAUUUACAGAGACCCAACAUUCCCCCAUAAUGAAGCACUUGGGGACAGUGGUGAGAAAAAACUCCCCUUUAACGGGAAGAAACCUCGAGCAGAACUGGGCUCAACAUAGCACAAUACAAGUUCCACAUAGAGAUGUAUAGUAAUAAUAAUUAUGAUUAUAAUGAUAAUGAUAAUGAUAAUGAUAAUGAUAUC